GGCUGAUGUGCGGGGAAGGAUCCCUGCUUGCCUGGAGGAGAAGGCUGGAUCUCUGCUUUGAGCUUGCGUGCAGCCUGCUUUCUGGUUGGCUGCUCCCAGAGGAGGAGGAAGAGGAGGAGAAUCGCUCACUGGCAGCUGCCCAGCUUGCAAAACCAAGCUGCAGGCAGGUUAAGGGAGAAGGCGGAUUGGAGGUCCUGCGAUCAGGACUGCUCACACACCUGGCAGCAGGUAAGAGAGAGAGAGAGAGGUGUGCACUGGAGGUAUCAGGGCUGAGAGUGUUCCACAUAAGCAAAGACUGCUGGACCAGGCCAGCACAUAGCUGUCAACCUUCCCUUUUUUGCGGGAAAUUCCCUUAUUCCAGCGCCAUUUCCCGCCGCUUCCCGCUGCUAUCCUGGAUUGUUAGAUAUCCCGUAGACUGUCCCGUAGGGACAAGUGAGGCUACUGAUCCCUUAUUUUCGAGUGUAAAGGUAAAGGGACCCCUGACCAUUAGGUCCAGUUGUGGCCAACUCUGGGGUUGCGGCGCUCAUCUCGCUUUACUGGCCGAGGGAGCCGGCGUACAGCUUCCGGGUCAUGUGGCCAGCAGGACUAAGCCACUUCUGGCGAACCAGAGCAGCGCACGGAAACGCCGAUUACCUUCCCGCCAGAGCGGUACCUAUUUAUCUACUUGGCACUGGUGUGCUUUCGAACUGCUAGGUUGGCAGGAGCAAGGACCGAGCAACCAGAGCUCACCCCGUCCCGGGGAUUCGAACCGCUGACCUUCUGAUCGGCAAAUCCUAGGCUCUGAUUUAACCCACAGCGCCACCCGCGUCCCUCUAUUUUCAAGGCUGCUGGUCCCUUAUUUUCAAAUCUGAAAGUUGACAGCUAUGGGCCAGUAUCCCACCGAGGCCAGCAUCCUAGGUGGCCAACCAGAUGCCCGUAGGAGGAGUAAGAAACCCUGAGGCGGCCUCAGGUUCAAAUCCCGAGUCUCCUAAUAAAAAGGCGAGAUAUAAAUGGAAUACAGUGACCAGAGACGCGCUUUGCAUGCUUAGGGUCCCUUGUUUCAUGCCUGCGGCAUCCCAAGCGAGAGAAACUUGGCUGCAACACAGCCUGGCCUCCACUGCACAAAAGGGGUAAAGCUUCUGGAAUUGCAAAUGACACAGCAAUAAACCAACCACAAGAAGACUCAAAGCCGCCCAGCCUAAUCCUGGCAAAUGGGGGGGGGGAGAGAGUAGGGAGCAAAGUCUUGUAGCUGCAAUGGAAUGCAAGAGUAAUCUGACCUUGAUGGGGAUGAAGGGGGGGGAAGGGUGUCCUCCCUACCCAUCUUAGUUUCUUGUCUUGCAUACCACCAACAGAUUACUUUGGGUACCGCCCCCCUGCCAGUAAAUAAAGUUUAAUAUUUAACCAACUGCUCCUCUGGGUCUCCUUCUGGGCUGUGUCAAAAGGUUUCUUGUUGACCGCUCUCAAAGCACCUCCAGUUUGUUUCCAUUUCAAAUAAUAAUCAUUGUCAUCAUCUAUUUUAAAAUUACCGUAUUUUUCGCCCUAUAGGACGCACCGGCCCAUAGGACGCACCUAGAUUUGGGGGGCUGGGGCGGGGGAAGCCCGAGCUUCCCCCGACGCCAGCCCCCAGAACGGGACCCAGAGCGAUGCCGUAGCUGCGUGCAGCUUUGGCAUCACUCUGGGAGCUUGCGGGGCUGGAGAAGGGGGAAGCCCUCUGCCAGCCUUCUAACCAAGUCGGGGGACAGCGGGAAAGGCACGCUGCGCCUCCUGCUGUCCCCCAAGUUUGCGGGGCUGGCGACGGGGAGGAGCAGGCUUCUCCCCCCCGCCAGCCUUCUAACCAAGUCGGGGGACAGCGGGAAAGGCGCGCUGCGCCUCCCGCUGUCCCCCGAGUUUGCGCGGCUGGCGGUGGGGCUCUCCUGAAGCCUGGAGAGCGAGAGGGGUCGGUGCGCACCAACCCCUCUCACUCUCCAAGCUUCAGCGAAAGCCUGCAUUCGCCCCAUAGGACGCACACACAUUUCCCCUUCAUUUUUGGAGGGGGAAAAGUGCGUCCUAUAGGGCGAAAAAUACGGUAAUAGUUUGCUUUUAGGGAGGGGGGUCAGGCUCCGACUGCUACCCCACCAAAAACUUUUUAGCGGUCCCCCCCCUCACCAAAAUGUAUCCGUAAAAAAUGAGUUUUGUGACACCACCCAAAAUGUGUGGGUCCUCUCCCCCCCCUUUUUCUUUUAAGGGAUUGAAAAUACUGGAGGUGAUUGGAAGAUCUUUUGCAAAGCAACUUUAAGAACGGGAGUUAUUGCCCUACCCAGUUUUGCUCAUCACUUGGGCUACUUUGACAUGAACCUGCCCUCCACUCAAGAGUUUGCCAUGGGUCUUGGUCGUCCCAAGCCCCCAAAAGUCUACCCACUCCCAGAAUAGACUGUCCUAUUGGUAUCUGUCUGUUUUGGGUGAUGAUGGAGGAGUGUGCUGUUUUUAGAUAUCUGGCUUUAGAGCAGUGCUUCUCAAUGUAUUUGGGAAUACCAAAACCCACUCUCAGUGGCCUCCCACCCGACCCUGUCAAAAGCAUUAUUCUGAAUAGCGGCUUGCACAGCACACUAAGAGAAUAACCCAAUAAAGUUCAAAGCUGUCACAGCUAAUUGCACCUUUGUUAGGGUUGUGAUACAUCCAGAAUUUCCCGGACAUACACAGAAUACUGCAGUCGAAAGCAGUGUCUGGGCAGAAAUCAGUUAAAUGUCCGGGGAAAUCUGGAUGUAUGGCAACCCAUGUCUGCAGUGUCGUAUUUGCUGCCAAUUUUUUGAAGUUCAUUUAAACUUUGGGGGGGAAAAAAAAAUAGCUCAACAACUCUUGUGUCCGGAUUUUUUCACUCUUUGAAAUAUGGCAACCCUUCCUUUGUUCAAAAUCCAAUUGAAGCUCAUUAGUUUAAUUAGUUCAACAAAACUGAUGAACUUGAUCCAGGGAUGCCAGCUUUUCAAAGUCUGAUAGUCAUUUAUGCCUCCAUGAUACAUGACAAGAUAAAAAAGAUGUUUAAAAUAAGUUUAUCAAAACGGCCCAAAGCAUUUCUGUUAGGGAUUAUAGAGGCAGAAAUCCCACCCCCAUCAAAAUAAAAAUGUUGAAGUUAUUUAUGUAUGUAAGAAUAGCAGCUAGGAAUUUAUACUUGCAGAAAUGGAACAAAGAAGUUCCAACUAAAAUGGAUAAAUAAGAUAUGUAGAACUGGCAAAAUUUACAGCAAAAUUAAGAGAAUCUAAUGAUGAGUGUUUUAUGGAAGAAUUGGUUGCUUUUUCAGACUAUUUUGAAGAAUUAUAAUAGUACAAUGAACUCGUGAGCAGGAUUUGAGCUAUGAGCAACAGAAGUAAUUAGAUUAUAAAAUAGUGGUUAUGAUUCGGUAGAUCGAAAAUAGGGUGCAGCCGAAGGGGAGAAACCACAGCUCUGGGGAAAGGCGUGGGAAGUUGACAAAAAUAAAAGAUGAAAUUAUGUUAUGACCGUUUGUGCUAAAAAUGUUGAAACUUAAUAAAAUACAAUUGGAAAAAGUAAUUUAUGCCUCCGACGUCCCCCUUGUCUCUUUCUGCCCCCCUAGGUGGUAAUAAUAAUAAUAAUAAUUAAUAAUAAUUUUUAUUUAUACCCCGCCCUCCCCAGGCAAGACCAGGCUCAGGGCGGCUAACACCAGGUAUAGAAACAAUUGAUUAAAAUACAACUUAAAACAAGAUUUAGUACAACAUUAAAAUGCAGCCUCAUUUCACUAGAAACUCAAAUCAAACAAAUUUUGGGGAUGAAAACGUCAAAUCUUCACCAAGGCCAACUAUCCAGACUGGUCCUAUGUGGGCCAGAAAAAAGCCAGGGAAGUCCCCAAAUAGGAGUUCCAUCACAGAAGGAGAAAGGAAAGAGGGGGAGGGGAUCAAGUUGAUUCCAAUCCAAAAGCCAGGUGGAACAACUCUGUCUUACAGGCCCUACAGAAAGAAAUCAGAUCCUGCAGGGCCCUGGUCUCAUGAGACAGAGCGUUCCACCAGGCCGGGGCCAGUGUUGAAAAGGCCCUGCCUCUGGUUGAGGCUAAUCUGAUUUCCUUAGGGCCCGGGACCUCUAGAGUGUUGCUAUUUAUGGACCGUAAGGUCCUCCUUGGGGCAGACCGGGAGAGGCAGUCCUGUAGGUAUGAGGGUCCUAGGCCGUGAAGGGUUUUAAAGGUCAAAGCCAGCACCUUAAACCUGACCCUGUACUCCACCGGGAGCCAGCGCAGCUGGAAAAGCACUGUGUGAAUAUGCUCCCAUGGCAGAGACCCCGUGAGGAGCCUCGCUGCAGCAUUCUGCACCCGCUGGAGUUUCUGGGACAGCUUCAAGGGCAGCCCCGCGGAGAGCGAAUUACAGUAGUCCCACUGCCCCCAAGAGGGACUGCCAAUUUAGAGGCUCCCCCUAUCCGCUUGAAAGGAGCAAUUAGUCCCACCCCAGGAAAUCCGACAAGCCGUUUGUUCUAUUUUCCAGGGAGACGAGGAAGGCAAAUUCAAGAUGGGAGAGUACCACAUUCGCAGGUAUGAAGAUCGGGACUACGAAGCCGUCCGCACGAUAUUCUCCCAGGGGAUCAACGAACAUGCUCCUGCAGGUUUCCGGCAUGUUCUCUCUUCCCCCCAGACCCACCUGUUGCUCCUGGGCGUGCUCCUCGCAACCUACCUGGGCACCUCUUCCCUUCUCCUUUCCCUCGGUGCCGUGGCUGCCCUGUUGGCCGUGGGCUGGAUUUUCACAAAGCGCCUCUGGGCGGACUAUGUGCACGAGGCCCUUGCCACGGACAUGAAGGACAUCCGCCAGACCUACCUGGUGCCCAAAGACUGCAGCUUCUGGGUGGCAGAGGCCAGAGGCGAAGUGGCGGGCAUCGUCGCCGCCACCCACCCAGAAAACCCAUCCCUGCGCGGCAGGGCACUGGAGCUGAAGCGCAUGUCUGUGGCAAAGGCGCACCGGGGCCACGGACUCGGCAAGGCUCUCACCAGGACGGUUCUCCUCUUCGCCCAGGAGCACGGGUACAAGGAAGUGAUCCUGGGCACCUCCAUGGUGCAGGUGGCGGCCCAUCGGACGUACGAGGGCAUGGGCUUCUGCAAAGUCAAAGAGAUAUGCCCCAAUACCCUCUGUAAGCUGCUGCGGUUCUACAUCUACAUCUACCGCUACGAGAUCGGAGGAUCUCGCUGACACCGGCAACCUGGGGACCAGAGGAAGGAAGGAAGAGAUUGUGGCCUGUUUGCAGACAGGUGCCAGCUAGGGAGGAAGGAGAAAGAAAGUUGAUCCGAUGAGCCUUAAAAAUGAGCCUACCUAACGUGCACUGAUUUGCCAGAGAUGCACAUACUAGCAACUGUUAGCGAAAAUAACCGGGGAUUUUUCUCAGCUGGAACUCACCAGAACUCAGUUCUGGCACCUCUCAGGUGGAUGUCAUUUCCAUUACAAAAGAACAAGAGUUCAUGGUGAGUUCUGGCACCUCUUUUUCAAGAAUAAUAGCACUGAAGAAAACCGUACAGAAAUGCCUUCCGAUUUUGCUUUGCCAAAAAUGUGUAUAUUAGGGAGAGAUUCACAACAGGAUGUUAGUGAAUUUUCAAGAGGAUUUUCACAAUAAAUGAAGGAAUGUGCAAACUGGAAAUGCUGGGAACUGAUGAGUGGGGAAAUGAAAUGAAAUACUUUAUUGUCACUUGUACAACUUGUAUACAGUGAGAUUACACGAGUACCUUCCACUCAGCUCUCUUAGUCUUAAUUCCCCUCGUUUACUAACGCACACCCACCAAACCCAAAAGUCAGUUGCCCUGUUGUUAUCUUUUCAUUCAGCAGCCUAACAGCCCAGGAUAGAAGCUGUUCUUUACCCUGUUGGUGCGACUAAUCAUGCUUCUAUAUCUUCUGCCUGAGGGCAGGAGAUCAAGAAAGUGCCGGCCAGGGUGUGAAUCAUGGCUGAGAAUUUUCCUCACUCUCCUGAGCAACGUUCUUCCACUAUUUCAUCCAGCAGAUUCACGGGACAGCCCAUAAUAUCUUGUGCUGUAUUCACCACACUCUGUAGGCACUGCCUAUCCAUUGAUGUCAAACCAGCAUACCACACCGUGAUGCAGUAUGAAAGGACACUUUCUAUUGUGGACCGGUAGAAGAUCAUCAAAUGUUGAUUGACAUCGUUCUUCCACAAUACUCUGAGGAGAUGGAGCCUCUGUUGGGCUUUCUUAACCACCUGGGUUGUAUUGAUUUUCCAAGUAAGGUCUUCACUGAGAUAAACUCCUAGGAAUUUAAAGGAAGAGACACUCUCCACACAGCCCUCCCUGAUGUACAGUGCGGCUAGUUCUCCUCUCUUCCUCUGAAAGUCCAACACCAUCUCCUUUGUCUUGCUGAUAUUAAGGCGCAAUUUGUUCCCUAGGCAUCAUGUAGAUAUUAGACUCAAACUGACAUAUUUCAUGGACUGGUUGGACACACAGGAAUAGUGGGAGGAACCAGCUGGAAAAACCCCAAGGGAAGAGGGCUCAGAGCCCAGGGAUUGGCAAUGGGAAGACCGUAAGUGGUCAGAAGGAGAAGAUGGGGGGAAGAGGUGGUGUCGGAAGCUGAGGAGGCAACAGGGCUUAGUGAGCGGGGAGAGUCUGUGGCAGAGAGAAGACCAGACUCAGUGGCAGAAGCUGAAGCAGGCAUGGGGAGGAGGGAGGCCAAGAGACAGAGAUGGUGCAAAGCCACAGGUGUCUCCCCCUCCUUCUGAGACCAGCUCCCCUCCCCACUGGUCUCCUAGGAGAGGUAUGAAAAGGGUUGAGAAGUGGGCAAUGUGGAUUGCUUGGAAAAUA